AUGUCAGAUAAGGAUGUUCCUUCCUCAUCUAGUUCGAAGAAUAGCAAUAACGACAAUAAUAAUGCUAAAGGAAAGCAACAUAAGAAUAGAAAUAAGAAUACUUCUAAUAAGAACGCUAAUAGACCUAACAGUAGUCAAGGUCAAUAUUCUUCCAAGAGACAAGGCCAAUAUAAGAGGAAACAAAAUAAUCAGUACAAACAAGCCAAUAAUGGAGGUGAUAACGAUUUGGCAGGGUUUAGUAGUAAUUUUAAUUCUUCUAUUGAAGAUGAAAUUAUUAAUGGGAACUUCAAAUUAAGAGGAAGAAGAACUCAAGUGUCCAUUAAACAUUUGUUAGAUUUUAAUUUACCAGAGAUUGAAAGAAAUAAUGAAAAUGACAGUAUCUAUAAGAGAACAGCCAAUAAAAGAAAAGAACAAAAUAGGGAACAUAUUCAUCUAUCAGGUGAUUCUUUUAUUAAUGUUAACUCAAGAUUUCUUGUAAAAGAUAGUGGUGACUAUAAUGAACAAAGGAAUAACCCAAAUAUUCCAUUACCAGAUUCUCAAAUCGUUAGAGUCGUUGUUUCAAAGGGUCAAAGUUGUCCUAUCUGUUUAUGUGAGGAACCUGUGGCUCCUAGAAUGGUAACGUGUGGUCAUAUUUUCUGUGCCAGUUGUCUAAUUAAUUUCUUUUCAGUGGAGGAGACUAUUACAAAUAAAGAGACAGGAUUUAAGAAAAAGAAAAAAUAUAAAGAUUGCCCCUUAUGUGGUAAUAUUGUAAGACCACAGAUGGUGAAGGAUGUAAUAUUUGAAGAUGAAUUCUCUAAAUCAAAUGAUACCAUACCAAUGAUUGGAUCCGAAAUUGAACUUAAAUUAAUGUGUAAACCUCAUGGUUCAUUAUUACCUUUACCAGUUGAAUUAAAUAUUGAUCCAUGUGAGGUUGGGGAUUUCCCAAAUUAUGCUAUAAAAAAUAUCACAUCAUAUAGUCAUAUUAUGAAAUGUGACAUCAGUUCUGAAUUAGCAUUAUUACAAAGAGAUAUUGACUCGAUUAGUACACAAUAUGAAAUAGAUAGAGCUCUUUUCAACGAGGAUAAAAAGUAUGUUGAUUUAGCCAUCAAUUCAACCAAUGAUAAAAUUAUUUUAAUACUUUCAGAAGCUAAAGAUGAAGAUGGACUUGCUCUAUCUGUCACUGAUGAUAUAGCAAGUUUAAGCCUAGGUGAAUCUAAUGAAAAAACUUUGACGUCAAAAUAUUCGGACAAAGACACAUUCUUCUUCUACGAGACUGCAUUUGAUUCUUCUACGAAGUAUUUUUUAUCACAUUUAGAUGUCAAGAUUCUCUUGAGUAGUUUCAAAGUUUACAGUUCAUUCCCAGAAUCCUUAAGGAUCGAGGUCGAAAAUAUACAUUUCGGGACUGUGGUCACAGAACAAUUAAUUAAAAGAUUAAAAUAUAUCAGUCAUUUACCGCUGGGAACAGAACUAGCUUUUAUUGAUAUCGAUUGGCGUAAAAUAGAUAUUAUCCCUAAGGAAAUUUAUGAUGAGUUUGCUAAUGAAUUGAAAUCUCGUAGAAGACAAUUUAACAGGAGGAAACAAAAAGAAGAUCAUGAAAAGAAAAUGUAUCAACAAAAAUUAGAAGAAGACCAAAUGAGGUUUUAUCAAGAGGAAAAUGGUACAUCACAAUCAUUGAAUGAUUCUUCUGUUGAACUGAGUGAAAUUCUCAAUUCAUCAAGUAGACUAGAUUCAUUAUCAGCAUCUACUGUGGCUUCAAUGUCAAAGGUUAAUAAUGCCAAUACCAAUAAUACAAAAAAAACAAACUAUGAGGAAACAACAAUUUGGGGUACAUCCAUAUCUGUUCAUCCAGAUGAAAAGACCUCCAAGGAGAAUCAAGAAUUCGAAGAAAUGUUAUUGCAAAAGAUAAACAAUAACUCCAAGGAUAACCUCAAUCUGGAUGACAGUUUGCCAAUCACAGCCGAAGGAAAACAAACAAACGGUAAAAGAAAGAAGAAAAAGGGGAAAGUUCUAUUAUUUAGCACUUAA